AAAAAUUGAUUAAUUUUAUCUAUGCUUUAAGAGUUUUUAUGAUUUAGUCCGUGUAUUUUUCUUUCCACCAUUUUUAUUUCCAUUCCACGCCCACAUCUCACAUCCUUUCCCCUAGUUUUGUUUUUCUUUUGCGAUUGGUUGUAAACACGUGUUUUUAAAAAAAAUCAAAAUAUACUAUAAGUCUGCAUUAGCAAUUUACCUAAAAUACCAUGCCUAAAUCUAAAAGAGAUAAAAAAGGUAAGUAAAUAUACUAAUUUAGGAAGAUAAAAUAAAGCUUAUAUAAAUAAGUAGAUAGGAUUAGAAUUUUCAAUUUAGUUUAGGUUAGGAGCGUGAUGAAAGGAAAGGCAAAGGCCUGAAAGCUUUCUCCAAGUCCAAGAAGUCAGAACAGUGCUGAGAACACUAAUCUACAGUUGAGUACAGGGACAGACUGGCAGCAGUGUCGAGUUGGUCUCUGUUCUGUCUUCCGUGUGUCUCACUAAAAUGGGUGUUUAUGUCAGGAGUAAGCUAUCAUUUGUAAUAUUGGAUUAUUGGCUAAUGUGGGGAUUGGAUGCCACGACGUCAUUUGCAUGUUGGCAGUUGGUAAUCUUGCAGUUCAGGUGCGUAUAUUAUUUUUGAUCGAAUUUCGUACUAUCGCGUGUAAACUUACGUGUAUUCUUCAUUAAAUUAAAUCCAGGCAGUGAUAGUUAACUAAUAACUAAUAAUGAAACAUACAUCGCAAAUAAUUUUUAUUUUAUUUUAUUUCUAAAGCGUCUUUGAACAUCCCCGAACCUUCCAACCUUUAUUUUUUUUUUUAACCCUGUUGCCAGAUUUUUUAUCAAUAAGUAUAAAUUGGUAUGCUAAACGAAAUUUUCAAAUUGUAGCCAUGUUCACAAAAAGAAUGAAAUAAAUACGGCGUGAAGAGGAGUCUUGAACUUAAUUAGAUGUUCCUUUUUUUAUGGCAGUGUCUACACGUCCGGCGCGCCGGUAUAGUGGUAACCUAGCCUUCUUCUCAUAACAUAACUAAAUACUAAUCCUGAACUACAACCAUGUCUGAUUUAGUCUACUGGUCUUAUUUUAUUUGGUUCAUAUUUUAAAUUUAGGCUUCAAGGUAGGGCUUUACAAGAUGUUUAACCAAGUUAUGGGACUUUCUUCAUUGAAGAGUUGGAAUCAAAUAGACUAGUAAUAAUAGGCCUAAACCUACUACUAGUCAGUAUUUAGGCCGACUAGUUUAAUAUUCAAACUCAAACACUUUUUGUAUCUCAGAGCAUUUGACAUGUUCAGCAUUAAUUUAUUAUCUAGGGAUCGGCUGGCUUAUAUAUGUACACCAUAUUGGAAUAUCAGUUAUAAAAUGCAAUGCAACUAUUUUGCAGGCGACCACUUGUCACUUGACCUGCCAGAAUAAUAAAACCUACUAGUCGGCCGGCGGUCACGUGACAUUCCCCGCCGUACGUAUAUCUCCCGCACUAUUUGUCCAGCGUGCCGGACGUGUGGACACUUCGUUUUUUUAUAGGGGCCCAAAAAUUUUUUUUCCUUAUACUUAUAUGGGGUGUAUAAAUAUAAUUCCAAUCAAAAGCUCCUGCAUGGGCAUGGGUGAAUGGAAUGAGAUCAAACAUUGUACACAUAAUAACACUUAUCCAUAUUCAAAAACCGGUACUGAAGUUUAAUAAUGAAGUCAUAAUUUUAACUUUUCCUAAAACUAGCCAAUAUACACGUCAAUUUUAUAUAAAUUUAUUUUGUGAACAUGCUUUUAGUUUUAAAAGUUAAGCAUCAAUAAAUAAUUUGGGUAUAAUUUAAUAUAAAUCUUAUUUCUGUCAUGUAGGGUGUAUUAAAAAAACAAUAAAAUGGAGAGAUCGUUUAUGCUAUCGGCUAUGUACUAAUGGGGGCUGUAAAAAUCAAUAAAAAGAAAAGUUAUUGCUGUACAAUUUAGUUUUAGGGCUAACUAAUACUGUCUAGAAUACAUUUUAGAAAGAAUACACGUAAGAUUACAUGCAAUAACACGAAAUUCGUUAAGAAAUAAUAUACGCAUCUGAACUGCAAGAUUACCUGCAUUUUUUAUUUAAGUUGCUGUGAAUUAGGGUUCAGGUUAGGUUUAGGGAUAAAUUUGUAGGGUUCAGGUUAGGUUUAGGGAUACAUUUAGGGUUCUGGUUAGGUUUAGGGAUACAUAUAGGGGUUAGGUUAAGGGAUUGCUUCUAUUGCUGCCCACAGAUACUACUUACCAGCUAAGUGCUAUUUCUUAUUUUUAUAACGUUUUUUCUGUUGUUUUGUUCGCUGACGAAGGCUUUCUGCCGACACGUUCGCUGUUUUGUUGCGUUUAAUUUUUCAGGUUUAACCAUACUCUGUUUUACUCAUUUUAUUUAGGUUAAGGGAUACAUUUACUUAGAUUUAGUGACAGAAUUAACUGGUUUUGUCAACUAUGAUGACGGCCAUUGAGAAAAUAGUGGCAUCCUUUCUGAACAUUUACCGAAUUAUUUAUUAUGGCAAAGUUUUAAGUUAGGCUAAUCAUAAAUACAUGGACAUGACGUAUUCAUAUGAUUAAUGGGUAAAUUUUGACUACGAUUGCCACUAUUUUCUCAAUGGCCGCCAUCUUGGUUAACACGUCACGUGAAGUCAUCUAUCCCUAUGCCUAACCUGAACCCUAAAUCGAUCCCUAAGCCUAACCCGAAACCCUAAAUCGAUCCCUAUGCCUAACCUGAACCCUAAAUCGAUCCCUAUGCCUAACCUGAACCCUAAAUCGAUCCCUAAAAUAAUUUAGUAAAAAUAAACAAAUGGAAGUUACUCCCUGGAAAAUAAGUCGUGGCAAUCGUAACUAGGAUUAGGAUUAUGAUUAAUGAUCAUUCAAUGAUGUUUUGGCCCAUUUCUGACCACCCCGUUCCUCAUACAAAAUAAAUAAGUUUUUUAGUUUUAGAAUAUUAUAGACCAGGCCUGCACAACUCAAAAUGUAAGGCGGGCCGUGUAAUACUUUAUGGAAAACUUGUGUGGGCCGUAAUAUAAUAGGCUAAAUAGGACAUGGGCGAACGCUAUUAAGACUAAGAAAAUAAUAAUGAUGAAGAAUAUUUCGUUGAUUGUUAUUGUUAGUUAUAGUAUUUUGACAAAAUGUUAAUAUAUUGACAAGAUAUUAGUAGUUUGACUAAAUGUUGGCAAAAUCCAAGGUGGGCUGGAUUUGGUGGGAGGUAUGCCACCCCUCCCAAGAUUUGUGAUGUCAUUUAUGUAUGGCCCCUAGGAUGCUUUUUAAAGGUCAUUUAAUAUUAUCUGUUGGUCUUCUGUGGGCCAUUGAAAUUGAUGAAUGAUAAUCUCUCUGCAUGCCAUGUCUGGGGUAUUCAGAGUCACUGACAGACUAGUUAGUUAUGUAAGUGAGUGAAAUGGAAUAGAUUUUCUUUUCUUAAAUUCUAGUAAUGGAAAGUUACAGAGGUAUGAUAUUUUUUAAGCUUAAUAAAAUGAAAAUGACAGGAAAAGAUAGUUGUUUAAUUAAGUUUCAUCGUGACUUGUUAAUAUCGAUUUUAGUUGCUUGAGCUGAUACGUUGGAAAAUAUUGCUGCCACUUUUUAACUGCCCUAACCUGAUCAACCCUUGAAGUCUCAUACUUCACCAAACAUCGUCAUGAUAACCUUCCUCAAAUAAAUUUUAAUUUUAAAAAUUAAUUAAUACAUAUAAUAUUUUAUUUCAGUUUCACUUACACAGACUAGGAAAAAGGGUUUGGAGCUGAAGCAGAAGUUGAUAGAAAAGGUUGGCAUCCUUGAGCAGUGUUUUUAAUCAUGUAAUUUUAUUAAUAUAAAUUAUAAGGACAUUUAGGUUAUUUUUAAGUCUGCAGAGAAAUGCUUCAAUUUGGAAAUAACAAUUUUAAAGAGCAUAAAAUUAAAGUAAAAAUUAUUUUAAGAAUUGCAACUUGAUACAUUGUUAAUGCCUGCAACAAAUGAAUAUUAUUUUGGUGUAAAUUUGGAAAUAAAAGAAAUUUGAAAGUUAGAGAAAGUAAAUAAAAUUUAUUUAUUAAAUAAAAACAUUUUGCAAAAUUAAAGAGAAAUUUUCAAAAUCUGAACCAUUAACAAAAAUUUCAACUAUUCUAUCUUGAAAAAAAUCAGAUUCGUGAAACAGCUGAUCAAUAUGCAAGAAUAUUCACAUUUUCUGUACAUAACAUGAGAAAUGUUCAACUUAAAGAAAUUCGGCAAGAAUGGAAUCACAGCAGGUGAGUUUCUCACUCUUAAUUUUUAAAAAGUAAUUGGGUACACUUUUAGUUUUACAAGCUACAACAACAAAGUAGCUGCUGUAUACAGUAUGAGAGAGUUGCAUUGGCUGCCGGUACGCGCUUGCAUAGAGUACAAAAUUGCAACUCUGUGCUACCGCUGCUUGCAUGACCUGGGGCCUUCCUAUCUCAAAGCACUCAUGACACCUUAUGUAUGUUAUGUAACGCUCAUCAGAUAGUGGCAAACUCUCGAUACUACGUGUUCGCCUUGAGACUUACGGAAGGCGCACUUUCGCAUUUGCUGGCCCAACAGUUUGGAACACCCUUCCUGUUGCUCUCAGAAACAGCCAGACACUGGAGUCCUUCAAAACCGAUUUGAAAACACAUCUAUUUCGCAAACACCUGCUGGGGUGAUGUUGUCUACCGUCUUUUACAGCUAGCUAUUGUCUCCUAGAUGUAUAUUGGCUUGUGUUGUUUAUGGUUGCAAGGGAUGAAAGAUUUAGAAUGGGUAUGCUUGUAUGUAGUUUUUGUAAUGUUGCGUUUUGUACUUCAAUGUGGUAAAAUAUAGAUUGUUUUAUUUCCCUUUUAAUAUGUUUGACUUUAUACAGCGCUUCGAGCCUUUGGGGAUAAAGCGUGAUUUUCAAAUAACCUUUAUUAUUAUUGUUAUUUAAACUGAAAAUUGAUUUUGUUAGGGAAAAGUAGAAGAUCAGACUGUUAAAAGUAUAAUAUUCAUGACAAUGAGCAAGUUAGCAUAAAACUUUGGGAUAUAGUUAUGUUGGGUAUAAUUAGGUUAUGUUGAAUAUUAUAAAAACGAAGAGUUCUAUUUAUUUCAUUAGCAUUAAUUCAGGUUACAAAAUAAAAUGCACAUGUCCUUUAUAAAUUUACAGGCAUGUUAGCAUAUUUACAAGCACAUUUUUAGUUUUGAUCAGUCCAUUGAAUAGUACCGUAUAUUUGUGCAUGUUGCAUAUUUUCAACAUAGACUUUGUAAAAUUGUUUACAUUUGCUCUUAUAGCAUCCAUGUGAACUCCCUUUUCAACUCUGGCUGUUGUAUUCACACUCUGUAUUAUUUUGCUUUUAAAUGUAAUGUAUGUAAUAAACAUGACAACUAGGUAGCUCAAAGUGAAGAAAAAUUUAUAAAGCAGUUCUGAAAAUUCUUUCACAGACAAUAUAGGAUUAUAAUAAGCCCAAAUGGUCUCCUUUCAUUGAUUUACUAGAUGAUCCCAUUACCAAGCCCCUUACUUACUUACUUAGGCCUUUCUACCCCGUCUGGGGCAUAGGCCAUCUACAAGAAUUUUCCACUCAUCACGGUCCUGUGCUUUCCUUUCCAAUUGCUUCCAGGUUUAUCCCAUAUUUUGCGUGUCUGCCUCUAGCUCUCGUCUCCAUGUAUUCUUAGGCCUUCCUCUCUUUUUCCCUGUGGGUUCCAUUUUAGACAUUGUCUUGUGGUGCAAUAGGGUUUUUUUUUCAGAGCAUAUGCCCUAUCCAUCUCCAUCUUUUCUUUAUGAAAUCUUCAUCGAUGGGCACCUGGUAUGUCCUUUCUAGUAGAUCUUUGUUAAUGAUAGUAUUUGGCCACUUGAUUUUCAGGAUCUUUCUAAGGCAUGUGUUAAUAAAUGUCUGCACUUUCUGCAUAAGGCUCACUGUUGUUUUCACCAAGCCCCUUCUAUGAUUAGUAAUAAACAAGCUGUCUCUUGUGGAACAAAACUUGAGAAAGCAAGUUGAAGACGCCAUUAAUAAUUUUUGUGUAAGUUCCAGAAGUUACUAUUCAGAUUUUGUACCAAACCCUCAAACAACCAACCAACCAACCCCCCCCCCCCCCCCCCCCCCCCCCCCCCAAUCAUCUUCCUCUUAGGAUUUAACUGCCCGGCUGGUCUGAUAAAUCCAUUCUAUGUGGAUUUUAACCCAGAACAGGAAAUAUCUUUGUCAAAAUUUGAAGCCACUAACGCUUGGUGGCCAAUUCAGCUUUGUUGUUUAAUGGUAAUCAGGAUAUUUAUUGAAAAAUCAUGCUAAGCUGCACUACUAACUUUUUAUAGUAUAAAGCAUUUUCAGUUAAUAGGAACAGAACCAGGCCGGUAAAACAAAAAGAGUAUAACAAUUGCGCAUUCUCAUUGCAGGUUCUUUUUUGGUAAAAAUAAAGUCAUGCAACUUGCCCUGGGAAGAACUGAAGAUGAGGAGUAUAGAGAGAAUCUUCACAAACUGACACAGCAUUUACAAGGACAGACAGGAUUGCUGUUCACAAAUUCAAAGGAAAAAGAAGUAUUGAAGUGAGAUUAAUUCAGAGAUUGUUUGCUCUAAUGCCUCUAUAUUUUUGUCUGUUUUAAAGUAUGGAGCACCUCAACAAAAAUAAUAGAACAUAUAUAUAUCAGGGUGACCAAAACCGAGCUAAUUAGCCAAAGGGGCUUGCUAGAUCUCAAUGUUUGACAAUACAUUUUAAAAAUACUAUGAAUUUCUAAUGUAUUUAGUGUGUAUUUGGAGAGGCUAAAUUAGGAUAUUGAGGAGAAUCUUAACUUGGCUAGUGCAGGUGGUAGGAAAAUCUCAACUUGGCUAGUGCAGAUAGGAGGAGAUUUCUAACUUGGCUAGUGCAGGUAGGAGGAGAUUCCUAACUUGGCUAGUGCAGGUAGGAGGAGAAUCUAACUUGGCUAGUGCAGGUAGGAGGAGAAUCUAACUUGGCUAGUGCAGGUAGGAGGCGAAUCCGAACUUGGCUAGUGCAGGUAGGAGGAGAAUCCUAACUUGGCUAGUGCAGGUAGGAGGAGAAUCCUAACUUGGCUAGUGCAGGUAGGAGGAGAAUCCUAACUUGGCUAGUGCAGGUAGGAGGAGAAUCCUAACUUGGCUAGUGCAGGUAGGAGGAGAAUCCUAACUUGGCUAGUGCAGGUAGGAGGAGAUUCCUAACUUGGCUAGUGCAGGUAGGAGGAGAAUCUAACUUGGCUAGUGCAGGUAGAAGGAGAAUCUAACUUGGCUAGUGCAGGUAGGAGGAGAAUUCUAACUUGGCUAGUGCAGGUAGGAGGAGAAUCCUAACUUGGCUAGUGCAGGUGGGUGGAGAAUUCCUAAAGGUACAAAGACUAAACACUGGCCACCUGUCGUAAUGUAUCAGUAUCAGAUUGCAUCAGGACAAGGCUCGUACAAAUGUGACAGUGACAUGGUCAUAAACAAAGAGCUUUGGAAUGCUGAGACUUGUGGCUAGUUAUUGAGAAUUGUCCAUGCAGACUGAGGUGUGGGAAAUUCAUUUAGAGAAGGUGAGUGGAGAAUUCGCACAGUUAUAACCGGACACUGACCGCCUGUCAUAUUGUAUCCAGACCUGUUUACCCUCAAAUUCUUAAAAUCGUACAAUAUCACAAAAUCAUUCAAUAAAUUAUCUUAAUAGUAAAAAAACCACAGAGUAUUUAUAACAUAUAAACCUCAAAAUCGUACAUUGUAUGCCAAAAUCGUAAGAGUAAACAGGUCUGUUGUAUCAGAUUGCACCAGCAUGAGGCUGGUGCAGCUUUGACAAUCAAGUUAUAAAUCAAGAGGAUUUGGAAUGCAGAGGCUUGUGACUAGUUAAUGAGAAUAGUCCAUGCAGACCGAGGUGUGGGGCAUUCCUACACUGCUUUAUGCCACACCUUUCAUUGGGUGCAAUGAGUAGGAAUAUUGGAUUGCAAUCAACACAGACAUUAGUUAUCAAUCAAGGGUGGCUGGUUAAUAUGAAAUGUCUAUGUAGAUAGCGGGAAGCAUGGAGUGAUUCAUAGUACCGGGGCGGAGAAACAGUUCGUAGCACAGAUGUAGAAAUAGAUGGUUCUGAGAGGGAAUCAGGGGUACUAAUAAAAGGGGACCGGAGAGCAGUGGUAGUCAGUUGGGGGACUCAGUCGGAGAGCAGUAGUGGUUAGCUGGACGGCUCAGUCGGAGAGCAGAGAAGAGAGAGUACAGUAGAGCAGUGCAGUUCAGGCUAACUUGGACGGUAGAGAGAUGAGCUGGGACAGUCAGAGUUGAGUAGCAGAGACGUGAGAGUGAAUCAUAUUUUUAUUAUUUUUUUUUGCUGGCAUCCGUGACGAUGGUGUGGGCUUCGGAGGACAAAAUGCACACGGCCUGGGAUUAUCCUUCAAGGAUUAUUAGCUGGUUCCCAACAGCAAAUCGCCUCUCUCCACUCCGCUGGAUACCCAAAGGAACAUCAUUUGGAUGAUACAGUUUGGCACCAGUCGCAGGAGAUUUCAGAAUGUUUCAUUGUACCAAUGUUAUCAGCCUUUCGGGACUCCAUGUCCGGUUUUGAUUUCAGAGUUUCCUUCUCUUAGAUGAGUUGCCAUCCAAGGUUAACGAGUCGCAUCUACCCGUGGUGCUGGUGAUGUUUUUGCUUGACUGGGCUUUGGUUGGAAUUGAACUCCAGACCACCAACUUGAGAUUUGCUCAGUUUAGACCACUCAGCCACCCCGCACCCUUGAAUCAUAUUAUUACUCAGAGAAAUGCAGGCCAUAACCAUCAUGUUGUUUGUUACCUGAUUGUUUGGGUACAAGUGACAGAGGAAGCAAAUGUUAUCAUCUAAGCAAAAGUCGCAGAGAGCAUAACUAGAGUGUUACAGUUUAUCUAAAAUAUGAAGAAGUCAAUUGCAUUUUUUCACCUAACAAUUAAGACAUAUUUAUAUAAAUUUAACCAGCUCUCGUUUCAAAUUUUCUAAUUUAUCAGUCCCAUAGCUUACUAUUUACCCAAAGCUGGGGACUAUCUUGGCCAAAUUUGAAGCCAUUAUGGCUGCUUGGAGAGGCAGAAAUUAAUACAGUUGCAUCACGGGGCAGACAGGCUAGUCAGGUUAAAAAGUGGGCUUAAAUGCACUAGAUUUAUUUUGGCAAAUUGCUAUGUGGGGAAAUUAGUCCUGCUUGAAUUGUAUUGGAUGUGCAUUUGAGGUUAGGUAUGGAAAUUUCUUUAAAUUAUCAUUUAUAAAUUUAAAUGGCCAUAAUGAUAUUUAGUUGAUAAUUUUAAACUAGGUCCUUGUUCAGUUAUAUAAUUCAGUUAGUAAUUAUCAAUAAUUUCUCCACGUUGAUCCAUUGAUUUUGUUUAAGAGUUGAAAUGAAGUUAAUCCUUUUGUUACUCAGUAGCUUAGAGUGCAUUUUUUUAUCAGCAUAGUGUGUAAAUAAAUAUAUCUUAGUUAAUUUUAUACUUACAAUUGCCCUACUGUUCAAUUUAAGCUGGUAGACAAAGCAACCACACAUUGUUUGCUUAGUGGGCAAAAAUAACAUUGUUUGCUUAGUGGGCAAAAACUAACAUUAAAAUCGUUAAUUUUAUGGCAAUGUUUGAAAAUAUAAGUGUCUGUUCUAUUGCAAGAUUUAUUGUUUGUGAAAUCAUUUGUCAAUUUUUGUUCAAAUUUUUUAAACUUUGAUGUCAAAGCAUUACUAUAAGUACCAUAAAUCUUAGUAAUAGUUACUUUGACAGUUUUUUUAUUUCUAAAUCAUAUAUCCAUCCUUCUGAUAGAAAUUUGUUUGGUGGGAAGAAGUCUUCUUUUCAUUUUAUCAUUCACCACUCUAUAUGAGCUUUCAAGAAAUCAUUUUUGAACUGCAUAUUUUGCUUUUUAGCCUUGUACUGAUUACAUUUGAGUAAUUCUUGGCACCAUUUCUCUGAAUUAGAUACUUUGAUGAGCUGUACGUCCCCAACUAUGCUAGAUCUGGCACUGUAGCCACCCAGACAGUUUUAUUGGAAGAGGGUCCACUUGCUGAAUUCAGCCACUCACUGGAACCACAACUCAGACAGCUUGGAUUACCUACACAACUUAAAAGAGGUGAAUAUUGUUGUUGUCUGUCUGGGAAAGGGAUCGAGAUCAAUGCCAAAUUCAAAUAUUCACAAUGAACCACCUGUCACAUAAAAAAAAAUUAGGUACUCCUCUCCCCUGUUGGAUAAUGAAGCUUGGCUGUGCUAAAUGAAAUCUAAGAGUUAAUACCCUGGUGACCAGACAUUAACCAGACCAAAACUAAUAUACCUACUGUUUUCAGAUACGCUUAGCUAAUUAUGUGCAAAACUUAAAACAAUACUAAAAUCCAUUACAUUUCAAACAAAAGAUUAUCAUACUGGGAUGAACAGGGCUGGCCUGCAAUAGAUAUUUUUAGUAGAUUGAUAAGACACGAACAAUUUGUGUAAAUAAUUAAUGGGAUGAACAGUAAAAACACUGCAGAGAAGAAUAAUUGAGACAUAUUAGCUAAACGUAUCAUAUAUUAAUGAAUAAAGAUCCACUCAUAUGCAUAAUCUAUUAUAAUUGAAUGAAUAGCACAGAGGCAUGAGUUUGUCCUCUUUAAUGCCCACCUUUGUGUGUUUCACAGCCCAUUGCCCAUGACACCAGCACUCACAUCAUACAGGGUCUAGCAGUUUUGGUUUUGUUAUCUGUUACUCACCUUUCACCUUCUUCUCCCAGGUGUUGACAUCAUACAGGGCCUAGCAGCUUUGGUUUUGUUAUCUGUUACUCACCUUUCACCUUCUUCUCCCAGGUGUUAUUCACUUAUUGAAAGAUCACACAGUUUGUGAAAAGGGACAAGUUUUAAAUCCUGAACAAUGCAGAAUACUUGUAAGUGACACAUCUAAAUUCAUGAAAUAAUGAAAUCAAUAAACUAUCUGUAAACACUACAAUUUGUUAUUGCGAAAGUAAGACAUUAAACUAUCAAGCAUUAACUUGGAUACUUUUUCAAUCAAGUCAAUUAUCCAGUGUUUCAGUGUGACUCUAGAUAAAAGAUGUUUAAAGCUCUGUUUUAGAAUCAAAUUAUUGAUUAAAUUAAAGGUUUGUUCAAUCUGUACGUGUACACCAUGAUGUAUAAAUUAUUUACUCAAUCUAGAAAUUAUUUGGCCACCAAAUGUCAGAGUUUCACAUCACAAUCGAUGGCAUGUGGAGUAAUACUGGCAAGUGGAAACGUUUUGAUGAUCGGCCUGAACACAUUGUGCCAACCAAAGUUCGAGUAAAACGUAAGUGAAGCUAUAAUAGAAAAUUUAUUGGCGUAUGUAUUUUUUUAAAAAUUUUACUUUUUACAUUUUAUCAAGAAAUAAAACGAAUAAAGUAUUCUCUGAUUAUAAAUAUAUAUAUAGCACUGAGUCAUAAUGGGCCCAGACACGCAGCGCCGCCAUUCGCACCCGGGUACCAUUAGACUCAAGCUACUCGGAUGUCAUUUGUGGUAGUUUAUUUUAGUUAAACCGAAGAAGUACGUUUACAAACAUAUAGCCCAUACAAUUAUCUUUCAUUUGAUACCUCAUUUUGUUUUACAAGCCCAACAAUAAUAUUUUAAAUAGCUUUUUAAUCCCAACCUCUCAAUUCUGGUACCCCGGUAGGAAUAGUCACAGCCGGCAAUAAAUCAUUUUAAUGGAAAUUUAAAAUAUUACAAAGGUGAAUUAAACCCCAUGACCAUAUCUUGUCAAGUAUGUUUAAGACCAGGUAGACGACCCUUCAAGAUAAAUCUGUUGCUCUUUUCAUUAACAAUUUCAAUGUUUAUAGAAUGGUAAAUCUUUGUCCAGUGCAUAAUGGUAUAACUUUGUUCAGUGCAUAAUGGUAUAACUUUGUCCAGUGCAUAAUGGUAUAACUUUGUUCAGUGCAUAAUGGUAUAACUUUGUCUAGUGCAUAAUGGUAUAAUUUUGUCUAGUGCAUAAUGGUAUAACUUUGUCUAUUGCAUAAUGGUAUAACUUUGUCCAGUGCAUAAUGUUAUAACUUUGUCCAGUGCAUAAUGUUAUAACUUUGUCAAGUGCAUAGUGGUAUAACUUUGUCUAGUGCAUAAUGGUAUAACUUUGUCUCAUGCUUAAUGUAAAUCUUUGUCCAGUGCAUAAUGGUAUAACUUUGUCCAGUGCAUAAUGGUAAAAAUUUGUCAAGUGCAUAAUGGCAUAAAUUGGGCUGCAGUAGUAGUAGUAAGAACUGGCAUCAGGGACUUUGUGCAUAUUCAAAAGAACUUGCACUAUAAUUACAUGGUAAAUCUCUUUGUCCAAAAUGUUUUGGAAAUUCUGACCUAGAUGAAUGGAGAUCACUGUUAACUUGAUUCUUUAUAUUUGACCUACAUUCUAAAUUAAACUCAGCUGAACUGAUAACAGCUAGUAGAUCAUACCUCUGCCUGUCUUCAAAAUUUAACAUCAAUUUUGAAUUUUCUUCCUCAGCUAAGAAAGAUGAAAGCAAAAAGGAUGAUGAUGCAGAUGAAUCUAAAAUGUUGGAGGGCGAGGAAUCUGAACCAGAAGAUGAUGAGGAUGAAUCUUGAUGAUGUUGAUAGAAUUUUUUUUUUUUUUAAUGGCAUUAAAAGAAAUUGAACAUAAA